GAAAAGGCGGGGAAUUUUGAAAAAAAAUGGCUGCGAUCUCUACUGUGUGGUCAUUAAAGCGCUACGCAAGACUCCGACAAAUAUCUCAACAGAAGGAAGAUUCUGGAUCAUCGCUUGAAGGAAGCUGGCAGGAGGUUACUGAUAGAAUAGGCGUCAAUAUAAUUUAUCACGGGGACGAAACGCCACUGAAGGCUAUGCUACACCUUAAUGGUCAAUUUGUUUUGACCAGUGGAACGACGAUAAUGGAAUCAAUUUAUUUGAGAUCAGCUGGAUCAUGGAUAAGAGGAACCAGUAAGGGUGACAGUGUCCUGAUAGUGUGUAAACUGAAGGAAGAAGCUCGCCGAUUCCGACUGCAGUUCUUAGAGUGUAAUGAACAGUCAGACGUGGCGAUAUGUCGUGAAUUCGCUGAAAGGAUGUCUGAAUAUUUCCCAAUUAAAGUAUUGCCAAAUGAAAAGAACAUCACACAGAGUGAUCCAGAGGAGACAUCCAAGAAACGUGUUGAAAGGGAGGUAACUCUUUCUAAAAUCGCCAAGGUUGUGACAAAAGCAGAAGAUGCCUUGUUCCCGGCAGCGUAUCAGAAGUGUUGUUACAUACCGAGCGAACAAUUAGAACUCGUCCUACGCCUGUGUUUAUCGGAUCCUACAUUUCCAGCGUUUGUCGAGGAAGUUGAGCAUAAGUUAAAUAAAAUAAAAAAUAAUUGAUCAACAUUAAACCCUUUUGUUUAAAACUCGUAUCAGUUUUUUGGACAGCUAAU